UAGCAUCUAAAAAAAAUGCAAGUUUCUUUUUGUUUUUGAACAAAAAAUAUAUCUUUUUUUCUUUGCAUUAAAUUAAAAUAACAGAUAAAAAAAUGAUAUGAUCCAAUCUCAGACCCGUUUAAAUGUAGCGGAUAACAGCGGAGCCCGAGAAUUGAUGUGUAUUCGAAUCAUAGGGACUAGCAAUCGCCGAUAUGCUCAUAUUGGUGACAUUAUUGUUGCUGUGAUCAAGGAAGCAGCACCAAAUUCACCUCUAGAAAGAUCAGAAGUAAUCAGAUCUGUAAUUGUACGUACUUGUAAAGAACUGAAACAUGAUAACGGUAUGAUAAUACGAUAUGAUGACAAUGCUGCGGUUGUCAUUGAUCAAGAAGGAAAUCCAAAAGGAACUCGAAUUUUUGGUGCAAUCGCCCGAGAAUUGAGACAGUUAAAUUUUACUAAAAUAAUUUUAUUAGCGCCUGAAGUAUUAUAAGAUAAAAAAA